CUCUCAUCGUUUAAAUAAAAUCUGAAUAUCUUGCUCGAAUUUUGAUUCUUUGAAGUCUGUAAUUUUUAACAUUUGGAAUUUGGUAACAGGGUAUCCAAGUAGAGAGCAGACAUGCAGAUAGAACCAACCAUGAUACGAGGAGGUUGAAAGACACACCCCCCAAAAAUGCAAUAAAUCCACUACCUUGGGGAGCUUGUUACUUUGAUUUUGUCGAGUUUGCUGAUUGUCAGAACCGUUAGAAACAUAAAGAGAAUCAAGAAGAAAAUGCGUCGAUCAACUUCAGACAUAAUUAGUAAUCUUCCAGAAAGUGUAAAAGAAACAAUCCUAGCGUGUUUGCCAAUACAGGAUGCAGUGAGGACUAGUGUUUUGUCAAGAAAAUGGAGGUAUACCUGGACAAAACUUCCCCAACUUGUAUUUGAUGAUACAUUCUGCAGCGACUUGUUCAGCAAAACCAAGGAUAAACUUAUGACGAUUAUUUAUCAAGUUCUGUUAUUUCAUCAUGGACCAAUACCCAAGUUCACACUCUCUUUAUCUGGAUUGAAAAGUUGUUCGGAGUUCGAUCAGUUGAUACUUUUCGUUUCAAAAAGAGGUAUCCAGGAAUUGAACCUCAACAUUCAGAAUGGUGAACCUUAUAAAUUGCCAUCAUCACUAUUUUCAUGUCUUCAACUUAAGAUUUUGACUCUCCAUUCUUGUAUAUUUAAUUCUCCACCUGAAUUUAAAGGAUUUAGCAGGCUUCUUGAACUGGAGCUUUACGAAGUAGUUGUUACUGCCAACAUACUUUCAAGGUUAAUCUCCAGUAGCCCACUACUUGAGCGACUGUCACUUCAAAACUCCACCAGUAUAGAUUGCCUUGAAAUUAACGCUCCUAAUCUUAGAUUCUUACUCUGCGAAAUCCAUGCCGGUUCUAUUUGUUUAAAAAACACCGUUCAACUUGCAAGCGUUGCAAUUGGUUUAAUGGCGUCCAUGGAUGUGGAAGAAUUUGAGGUAGCAGAAACUUCCAAAUUGGUGACGCUUUUUGGUAGUCUACCUGUCAUUGAGUUUCUGGAAUUGGACUAUUAUUAUCUUCGGUAUAUGUCUGCAGGUGGUGUACCAAAGAGGCUUCCAACUACUUUGAACAACCUUAAAUUUCUCUACUUGAAUCAAAUUUGUUUCGGGCAACUAAAUGAGAUCUUGGUUUUUCUUUGUUUAAUUAGAAGCUCUCCAAACUUGGUAAAAAUUAGAAUUCUGGUACAUACUGAUGAAACUGCUGAUGAUGUUAUUGAUAAUCCUGUUCUAAAACUUUUAGAAAAGCAAGACUGGUCAGAUGUCUCUUUAAAUCAACUUCGAACAGUGGAGAUGUAUGAUAUAUCUAUAAUGAGGUCUGAAUUGGAGUUUAUUAAGCUUCUAUUAGCCAAAUCACCAAUGCUGGAGACAAUGAUUAUUAAGCCUGACCCAGUGGAGGUUGCUGACGAAGGUCCGACAACCAAAGUUAUAAGUAACAUGUCUGCAGCAUGUGUACCAAAGAGGCUUCAACCUACUAUGAACAACCUUAAAACUCUCCAGUUUUUAGAAAUUUGUUUCGGCCAACUAAAUGAUAUCUUGCUUAUUCUUUGUUUAAUUAGAAGCUCUCCAAACUUGGUAAAAAUUAGAAUUCUGGCUGAGACACAAUUCCUAGGCAGGAAUUUGGCAUUGACACUGUGA